ACCCAAAUAAAAACACUACACAUAUAGACACGAGGGCGUAAAAGUCUGACGACGUUCGUCAACAAAAAGAAAGUGUCGACGAGAUCUCCAUAUUGCAUUCCUGUAAACGCCAGAGUAGCGGACAUUCUUGGUAAUCGCUUUGGUAAAGAAACAAUUCCGCAAAAGAUGAGCUUUCCUGGAUCUCUAAUUUCUUCCCGUUCGACGUAGAAUUGUGGCUGUGUCGCUCGCAACUGUUCCGAGUCCGUGCCCAGCUCGCGCCGCUCUUUCUGCAUUUUCUUUUCAUCUUGGACAACGGCUCGUGGACAAAAGGAACAUCACGCGGAACAAUUUGUAAUUUCCGCGGUUUUAUGUUCGAUUCAGCUGCAAGGGAAAGUCAUAGUCGCUGGAGCAGGAUUUUUGUUGGUCAGUAGCUGGGCUGGUUGCGCAUUGGGAUGACGAUUAAGCCCGUGGUUAGUCAGAAGUCGAAUGAGAAAGAGGGUCACGGGCAUGGUCAGGAGGCUCAGCCGGCCAAUGUGCGCGCGGGCCAUCGCAGCAUUCUGGGCAGCAAGGCGACAUCCGAGGGGCAGAGUCCACAGCGCCGGAACGAUGUUUUCGAUGAUAUAAUUCGCCACAGGCGCAGUCCUCAUAAGAAUUCUAGCAACAUCCGAUCGAAGCGUGAACACCACAAACGUGAAACCCGAGAAAAGCACUGCCCGAGUCCGCAAUACCAUCAAGUUCACAGCCCGCAUGCAUCCUCGUCGUGCGUCGCGAGCAAGUCUCCAAAACAUGGCCAUGGAACUCACAUGUCCGCCAGCCAGCCGCAAGGGCCCCCGUCACCCGAUCUGCUUGGCAUUCUCGAGGACCGCGACACUUAUUCGGGAUACAAUAGCGGCGAUGAACAUUUAGUCCCCAAAGAGACGCUCCUCACUCCCGAUGAGUGGAAGCAUCGCGACGAACAGUUCAUAAAGGCCAUGUCUGAGAGAGGUUUCAUCAUUCAGGACAUCGUUGAGGACGGUGCCUGUCUUUUCCGUGCCAUAUCGUUGCAGAUAUACGGCGACCAAGAGAUGCAUGAGGUUAUACGACAACAGACAAUGGAUUACAUCUACCAGAAUCGGGAGUAUUUUGCGCAUUUCGUGACGGAAGACAUAAACAGUUAUGUGAAAAGAAAACGCAACAAGGAAUCGCACGGAAAUCACAUUGAAAUUCAAGCCAUGUCAGAGAUAUACAAUCGUCCGGUCGAAUUGUACUGUUAUCAGACAACACCCACAAACAUCUUCAAUUCAGAGCAAAUCAACAACGGUCACGAUCCUCUGCGGCUUUCGUAUCAGCGUGGAUCGCAUUACAACGCAAUCAUAGAUCCUUACAAUGCUUCCGUCGGUGUAGGGCUGGGGCUGGCUGGCUACAAGCCGGAAUCACAAACACGCGAAGCGAUACGUUUGAGCGAGCAGCUGGAAAUCGAACAAACCAUGUUCGAAGAUAAACUGAAAACAACCGAUUGGGAGGCAACAAAUGAAGUUAUCGAGGAGCAAAUCGCACGUGAAUCCUACCUGCAAUGGUGCCGCGAUAACAUGCAAAGUGCAAAGGCGACCACUACAACAGUAACCCGGUCCACAUCAACCACAUCAUCUUCAAAUAGCGGCACUACUCUGUCGUCCACUAUAACUUCAUCAUCCAUGAAACUAUCGCAUGCUGAGAGCUGUACCGGUAGCAAUUCCAAAGACACCUUUGCUGAAAUGUCAGCGAGCGGGAACAGUGAUUCCGCAAAAUUGCCACCAACAGAAAGAUUACGAGAUGAAAACAAUGCACCAGGCACCGCGGACUGUUACGAUAGCGACGACACAGACAUGAGUAGCACAAGUAGCACGGCUGACUUAUACAAGGACAACAUGCAAUUGAGUAUCAUAAAAAAACUAAAGUACGGUAAACGCUCGCCACAAGGAGGCUGCAGUAGUAAACGGCGCCACAAACGCAGACGCUGUGAAAGCAAAGAUGACAACAACAGUUCUUGCGAUAAUUCCGCAACAGAUCCUUGCCCGCAUAAACGGAAAAAACAGCUAAAGAUCGCUAGCACCCUGCAAAAUCCACAGCAUUCAUCAAAACUAACCGACCAACAGUUGACUGGCUCGGAUGAACCGCCUUUCGAUUACGGUGGGCUUCCAUCCACCUCCAAGCAAGCUGCACAAUCCGGCCAACCAGUUUCAUCUUUCUACCAAUCAUUACUCGAGUCUUCAUACGCUGAAGAUGGUCUCGGACAACUCAGCGAAGGUGAGAUGAUUGUUAAAGCAAUACGACUGUCACGCAUUGAUUUUUUCGAGAAUGUGAAACGACAACGAUUCCAACAGAAAAUCACGUCAAACAGCUUAGCGGAAACUCAAAUUCAAAAUAGCAAUAAUAAGGAGAGUAAAUCGGAAGGAAGCAUGAGUCACCAGGCCAGGAGGGAUCCACGGGGGAAUAGUAGCUGCGCUAGUAAGAUGUUCGAUCAUGACGACGAUUCGGAUGUACCGUCGCCUUAAGUGAAAUAUGCUAAUUUAUGUCUUAUAUAAUGAUUAUAUAUGUUCUUAGGGAUAUUUUUUUUCUUUUUCAAUUGCAAUAAUAAAUAAUGUUAUUGAGAGAAAA